CGCGGGAUACACCCACCUUCCUCGCAAGUCUCAACUGAAGGAGCGCGAGCUGAGGAUAGUUUGGAGAACAGCCGGCAAGCGAGGACACGCGCGGGUGGGCUUGGAUACACUAAGGGAUUUUGAACCAUUCAACAUAUGCUUUGAAAAGGUGUAGUGAUUGAAGCGAGUGUGAAGGAUGCAGAUGGUCGGAGUGAAGAGCUGGGCCCCCGUGCUCUGUCUAGCGCUGGUGUCUCUCCUCCCCAUGCCAACUCAGGGUCAAGUAUCGUCUCCAAAAAGACUUCGUUUUAAAAUCCUGAGUGCGUCCAGGCUCCAUGUGUCAUGGAAAGAGCCACGAGGAGACUUUGACAGCUACAAAGUUAUUUAUAGCUCUCAACCAGAUGCAAAAGAACAGGAAGUCCAGGUGUCUAAGGAGGGGAAAAUGGUGGUAGAAGACUACGACCCUUCAAAAGAAUACCACUUCAGGAUUUCUGCCCUCAGUGGUGCUCAGGAGAGUAGGCCCAUCGAAGCCAAAUACCCAGCCCAGCGCUCAGACCCAGACUCAGACAGCGUCCAGCCCCAGGGGCUGAAGGACACCAGUGUCACGGAGGAGGACAACGAGAUCGCUCAAGCGGUGGACCUGUUCAUGUGUAAGACGCCGGCCAUCGCUGACAUCGUCAUCCUGGUGGACGGCUCCUGGAGCAUCGGACGCAUCAACUUCCGUCUGGUCCGCAGCUUCCUGGAGCAGCUGGUCAGCGCCUUCAGCGUGGAGUUCGACAAGACCCGCAUCGGGCUGGCCCAGUACAGUGGAGACCCCAGGAUAGAGUGGCACCUGAACGCCUUCACCACUAAAGAUGCCGUCAUCGACGCCGUGAAGAACCUGCCUUACAAGGGAGGGAACACCCUCACAGGCCUGGCUCUGACCUACAUCCUGGAGAACAGCUUCAAGGCUGAGUCCGGGUCCAGGUCCAAUGUUCCCAAGAUUGGGAUCCUGAUCACCGACGGCAAGUCUCAGGAUGACGUUGGGCCCCCGGCCCAGAGCCUGAGGGAUGCUGGGAUUGAACUGUUCGCCAUCGGUGUGAAGAAUGCAGAUGAGAACGAGCUGAAGGCCAUCGCCUCUCCUCCUCAGGAGACGCACGUCUACAACGUGGCUGACUUCGCCGUCAUGAACUCCAUCGUGGAGGGCCUCACCAAGACUGUGUGUGAGCGCGUGGAGCAGCUCGACAAAGUCAUCAAAGGCGACACCGGCCCCGUGACGCCCAUCUCCGCCCCCCGCGACCUGGUGACCUCCGAGAUCACGGCGCGGAGCUUCCGCGUGAGGUGGACGGCGGCGGCGGGCGUGGUGGAGAAGUACCGCGUGGUGUACUACCCCGCCAGCGGGGGCCAGCCCGAGGAGAAGGUGGUGCCGGGGACGGAGACCACGGUCACGCUCUCCUACCUCAACUCCAUCACCGAGUACCAGGUGGCCGUGUUCGCCAUCUACGCCAGCUCCGCCAGCGAGGCCCUCAGAGGCAGCGCCACCACACUGGCUCUGCCUAUGGUGAACGACCUGGAGCUGUUUGACAUAUCACACAGCAGUAUGAGGGCACGCUGGAAGAUGGCCGCCGGCGCGUCGGGAUACAUGAUCCUCUACGCCCCUCUGACGGACGAAGACCCCGCAGAGGAGAAGGAGGUGAAGGUGGCAGACACGGUGAAUGAGGUGGAGCUGGAGGGUCUGACCCCGGAGACAGAGUACACGGUGACAGUGUACGCCAUGUACGGAGAAGAGGCCAGCGACCCCAUGACCAGCCAGGAGACCACGCUCCCUCUCAUCCCGGCCAGGAACCUGCGUUUCUCCGAGGUCACCCACAGCUCCGCCCGCCUGAGCUGGGUCGCCGCUUCCCAGAAGGCCAAGGGCUACCGCAUCAUGUACGUCAAGACCAGCGGCGUGCAGACCAAUGAGCUGGAGGUCGGCCGUGUGACCACGCAGUUGCUAAGGAACCUGACAUCCCUGACAGAGUACACGGUGGCCAUCUUUGCUCUGUAUGAUGAGGGCCAGGCCGAGCCCCUGACCGAAAGCUUCACCACCAAGACUGUUCCGGAGCCUGUGGACCUGAGGAGCAGUGAGGUGUCCACAGACAGCUUCAGGGUCUCCUGGCAGCAUGCAGCCUCUGACGUGGUCUUCUACAAGCUCAUCUGGAGCCUGGCUGAGGGAGGGGACACCAAGGAGGUGAUGGUGGAUGGGGAUGUGAACAGCUACGUGCUGACAGGGCUGAGGUCGUGGACAGAGUACGAGGUGUCUCUGUCUGCUGUGUACAGAGACGAGGCGGAGAGUGACUCCGUCUCCAUCAUAGAGUCCACAGUGAGAAAAACCACCACCACCACUGUGAAGACCACCAGCACAGCGAAAGCAGUGUCCAGGUUUGCGGUGCGGGACCUGCGGCUGAGUGACCAGACCACCUUCAGCAUGCUGGUCUCCUGGGAGAUGCAGGACCCCAACGUGAGGAACUACCGCCUCUCCUACACCACGGCCAGCCGCAACCGUGCCGAGGAGACGAGGACGGUUCCCAGUGGACAGAGCAGUCUGCUGCUCCAGCCGUUGCUGUCGGACACAGAGUACCAGGUAACCGUGGUGCCGGUGUACGCAGAUGGCGAGGGACCCCCUGUCACACGCAUGGGACGCACACUGCCCCUGUCGGCCCCCAGGAACUUGAGGGUAUCAGAGGAGUGGUAUAACCGCUUCCGCAUCACCUGGGACAUCCCCCCCUCUCCCACCAUGGGCUACAGAGUCGUAUACCAGCCCACCUCUGCCCCAGGUCCAGCUCUGGAGACGUUUGUGGGGGAGGACGUGAACACCAUGCUGAUCCUGAACCUGCUGAGUGGAACAGACUACAGCGUCAAGGUCAUCGCCUCCUACACCACGGGCUCCAGCGAGGCUCUGUCCGGCAGGGCCAGGACCUUGCACCUGGGGGUGACCAACCUGAGUGUGUACCAGGUGAGGAUGACCAGCAUGUGUGCCCAGUGGCAGCCUCACCGCCACGCCACCCUGUACCGAGUGGUCAUCGAGUCACUGCUCAAUGGGCAGAAGCAGGAGAAGACCCUGGGUGGAGGAGCUAACCGUCACUGCUUCAGUGACCUGAAGGCUAACACUCAGUACAAGAUCAGCGUGUACGCUCAGCUGCAGGACUCAGAGGGCCCCGCCGUCACCGCCAUAGAGAAGACCUUCCCUGCUCCUACCAGGGCUCCGACGAGGCCCCCCACCACCCCCAUGCCCCCCACCAUCCCCCCCGCCAAGGAAGUCUGCAAGGCAGCCAAGGCUGACCUGGUCUUCCUGGUUGAUGGCUCCUGGAGUAUCGGAGACGACAACUUCCAGAAGAUCAUCGGUUUCCUGUACAGCACCACGGGAGCGCUGGACGAGAUUGGCCCCGACGGCACUCAGGUGGCCAUAGCCCAGUUCAGUGACGACGCAAGGACUGAGUUCAAGCUAAACACUUACAACAACAAAGAGAACCUUCUGGAAGCCAUCCAGCGCAUUGCUUACAAGGGAGGCAACACCAAGACAGGCCGGGCCAUCCAGCAUGUGAAGGACUCCAUCUUCACGGUGGAGGGCGGGAUGCGGAGGGGCAUCCCCAAGGUGCUGGUGGUCCUGACGGACGGGCGCUCCCAAGACGACGUCAACAAGGUCUCCAAGGAGAUGCAGGUGGAGGGCUACAUCGUGUUUGCCAUCGGUUUUGCCGACGCUGACUACGGGGAGCUGGUGAGCAUCGCCAGUAAGCCCAGCGACAGACACGUGUUCUUUGUGGAUGAUCUGGACGCCUUCGAGAAGAUCGAGGAGAAGCUGGUCACCUUCGUCUGCGAGGCCGCCUCCGCCACUUGUCCCUCGGUGGCGAUGAGUGGGAGCACCAUGCCAGGUUUCAGGAUGAUGGAGAUGUUUGGGCUGGUGCAGCACCUGUAUGGCAGUGUAGCAGGAGUCUCCAUGGAGCCUGGCACCUUCAACAGCUUCCCCAGCUUCCACCUGCACAACGAUGCCAUGCUGGCCCAGCCCACCAGGUACAUCCACCCGGAGGGCCUGCCGUCUGACUACACCAUCUCCAUGCUGUUCCGUCUGCUGCCUGAGACGCCCGAGGAGCCUUUUGCAUUGUGGGAGAUCCUCAACAAGGACAACGAACCCUUGGUGGGCGUCAUCCUGGACAAUGGUGGAAAGACCCUGACCUUCUUUAACUACGACUACAAGGCAGAGUUCCAGACAGUCACCUUCGAGGGUCCUGAGAUUAAGAAGCUGUUCUAUGGCAGUUUCCACAAGCUGCACGUGGCCAUCAGUAAGACGAGUGCCAAGGCGCUGAUCGACUGCAAGCUGGUGGCGGAGAAGAGCAUCGGCGCGGCGGGGAACAUCACGGCAGACGGGCUGGAGGUGCUGGGCAGGAUGGUGCGCUCCCGAGCCAAGAAGGACAACUCUGCUCCCUUCCAGCUCCAGUCCUUUGACAUUGUGUGCAGUACUUCCUGGGCCAGCAGAGACAAGUGCUGUGACCUGCCAGGCGUGAGGAAGGAGGAGGACUGCCCCGCCUUGCCCAAAGCCUGCACCUGCACCCAGGACAGCAAGGGCCCCCCAGGACCCACCGGACCCCCUGGAGGCUCUGGAAUCAGAGGAGCGAGAGGAGAGCGUGGGGAACCAGGCCUCGUGGGGCCGAUGGGGCCUGUAGGAGAUGCUGGAGUUCAGGGCCCUCAGGGCCCUCCUGGUCCCCAGGGCCCCAGCGGUCGCUCCAUCAUAGGAGCCCCGGGUACUCGCGGGGAGACAGGGGAGAAGGGAGAUUCUGGUCCCACAGGGACGCAGGGAGUACCAGGACCUUCUGGUUCACCAGGCCGAGACGGAGCACCUGGCCCCAGGGGCCUGCCUGGUAAAGAUGGGCCCCAGGGUCGGGAGGGGCCCUCAGGGACCAUGGGAACACCAGGAGCUCCCGGGGCCCCAGGUUCCGGUGGACCUCCAGGCUCUCAGGGAGACCAUGGGCCUCCUGGUCCUUCUGGGACUAAGGGCGAAAAGGGGGAAAGAGGUGACUUGCAGUCCCAGUCGUCAGUGCAGGCCAUCGCUCGCCAGGUCUGCGAACAGCUGAUACAGAGUCACAUGGCUCGCUACAACUCCAUCCUUAACCACGUGCCCAGCCAGCCGGUGUCAAUCCGCACCGUACCGGGCCCUCCUGGGGAGCCGGGCAGGCAGGGCCCCCCGGGGCCCCAGGGGGAGCAGGGGCCCUCAGGCAGACCAGGGUUCCCCGGUUCCAACGGAGAGAAUGGACAGCCUGGGGCCAGAGGUCAGACAGGAGAGAAGGGCGAGAAGGGAAAUCCAGGUGUAGGAGUCCAGGGUCCUCGCGGCCCCUCAGGGCCCCCAGGUCCUCCAGGUGUGGGUCGUACGGGCAGCCCCGGGGUGUCUGGCAGGCCCGGUAACCCCGGUUCCCCCGGGCGUCCUGGCGUCCCCGGGCCCGUGGGGCCAAGCGGCCCCCCCGGCUACUGCGACCAGAACUCCUGCGUGGGCUACAACAUCGGAGAGGGGGGAUACGACGCUGAGCCAACUGACCAGCGGCGCCCUCUUCCCUCAGUCCAACUGCCCGCCAACACCUACCAGAACUACGGCGAGGCCGAGGAGGAGGGCGACCCCUACGCCCGCUACGGGGGCUACCCCUCCGAGUACUACCAGCCCAACUACCCCGCUCCCCAGCCCGUGGAGGCCGACGAGCCCUCCCCGGGCCUGGGAGACGUGGAGCUGAGGUCCCCGGGGAUCCACCGCUCCUCCAGGUCCCUGGGGGAGGAGGGGGCGGAGAGGAAGACUGUGGGGCCGAGGAGGGGGAGGAGGCUACUGAAGAGGGAUGGGGGGCGGAAGACUGAGACUCAGGAGUGAGGAGGGGGGGUAAGGGUGGAGGGGCGAGGGUGAGGGAGAGGUUUCCGGAUCGCCACACUCCUUUUUUUGCGGGUUCUGCCUGUCGUCCAGGAACUAUCAUCAAGUGCCUGAUGCCAAGGUCACAGGGAGGCCAUGGAAGGUCAGACGUCACGGGGAGGUCCGAGGGAAGUGAGAGGGGGUUUUGAACAGAAUUAUGGGAGGACGUUUUAGAAGCUACAGUACUUCUGUAUCCUUGGUUGGAUGUGGCUAAUAUCGAUAAAAUGGUGUUAAAUGGUUUGUUCAAAGGUGGUCAGGAUUGAUUUGAUCACACAUUACUAAUCUGUACACAAUUUUAUUCUGAGUUUUGUUUGCAUUGUGUUAUGAUUUGAUCCUGCUCCACCUCAGUUAGUGCUUUAGUUGCACUCAUCCUAUUUCAGGUUUUACAUUUGACAUUUUAAGUGCCUAUCCGUAAUGUUACACAAACCAGAGCAUGUAGAGUACAUAAAGCAUAUUUACAUAAUAUUGUAUAAUAACACGUAAUAUUGUGAAGUACAUAACAGUAGUUAUGUAUACAUGACAGUGUACCAUUUCAUUUCAGUGUAAUGUGAGAGAUCAAAGUACUUCUUGAUACUUGAUAGUGGAAACUGGUUUCAAACUCAGCAUAUGGAUCUUCAUUGUGUUCAUGUGUCUCUAAUCAUGUCACAGCUGGUCACACGUACCAGUGAUGGAUCAGACUACCUACAGUAACUGGGAUCUAGACUUGUUCUGGAACAUUUCAAAGAGGCACCAACACUGUUGAUGCGGGUGUCCUCCAACUACCCAACUGCUAAAACGGUUCCUAUUUAUUCAGAUGUUAUUGUGCCAGUGUGCCAUGUCUUCGUGCAUUUCUCUGCUCUAAACAUAAGAUAUUGAUGGGUUAUGCUGUUCUGAUGCUGUCAGAUAUUGAAAACUCUGGUUUUAUUUUUGAUGUCAUCAUUAACAUUCACACGUUUAGAUCCAUCCAGUGUUGAAACCUGGCAGUGAUUCAUUUCUCACAUCGCAGUGUUAAGAUACACAUGCAAGCUCAGUGUAUGUCAUCAAGGGGAGUUUGAGAAGGUGCUAAUUAUAAACAUGUAAUAUAUAAAAAGAACAAGGUGAAAUAUAUUUCAUUGUAUUAAUGUAUGGCGGAUUUAUUCACAGACAGUUGUCUAAAUAGUGAGAGCAGUCAGCCUAACUUUUGUUUAAUGAUGAGCAGUUAGGCCAAAAUCACCCUUGACCUUUCCAAGCUACAGAAGUAACACAAUUAUGACAUCAUAGGCUAGUGCAGGACCACCUCAACACAACAAAAAAGACAAAAAUCAAGAAAGUAAUUUAUUUUUUACUUGGUAUUGAUUUCUUUUUUUUCUGAAACAAUAAAAAUGUAAGUCUAACCAACAUUAUUUAAUGUUUCCCUCCC